ACACUCGGCCUUCAGUAUUAACUAUACCACUACAUACGAGCCACGCCGAUUGAGUGCUUACCAUCAAUGACUGUGUCGCCAUUCGUAAGUGGAUCUUGUCUCAAGCCGGUCGUCUGUGCGUCACACCAUAAGCCCCGUUGGCAACAGGUUACAACUAGUAACGAUUAGUGCAGUGCGGUGAAUUGUGGAGGAUCUCCAGCAAUGGUAGUAAAUUUCGGAGCUGGACCGGCUAAAUUGCCUCGUGAGGUUCUGCUGGAAGUUCAGAAGGAACUAGUGGAGUAUGGCACGAACGGUAUGAGUGUGAUGGAAAUGUCUCACCGUGGCUCAUCGUAUAUGAAGAUACACAAUGACACUCUCGAAUUAGCUCGGGAACUAUUAAAAGUCCCUGACAACUACAAAAUCCUGCUCAUGCAAGGUGGCGGUACGGGCUUAUUUGCAGCUGUUGCGAUGAACCUUAUCGGUAGAACGGGUACAGCCGACUAUCUCGUAACUGGUUCGUGGUCCACUAAAGCAGCCAAAGAAGCUGCGAAAUACGGAAAAGUGAAUCAGGUAGUGCCAAAACCCGUCAAGCACAUUUGCGUACCGAACCCGAAAGAGUGGAAGCUCGAUCCGAAGGCUUCGUAUGUGUACUACUGUGACAAUGAAACCAUCGAAGGAGUGGAGUUCAACUUCGUUCCACAAACUAACGACGUUCCACUAGUCGUAGAUAUGUCAUCCAACAUUAUGUCGAAACCAGUUGAUGUCAAAAAGUUUGGAGUGAUUUUCGCUUGCGCUCAGAAAAACAUCGGACCGUCCGGAAUAACGUUAGUCAUUGUGCGAGAGGAUUUGAUCGGACACCAUCUGCCAAUAACACCAGCAAUUUUGGAAUUCUCAAUGAACGCUAAGGAAAACUCCAUCUACAAUACACCUCCUACCUUCAUCAUCUACGUCAUGGGUCGCGUCUUCGCCUGGAUCAAACGUCAGGGAGGUGUGGAAAAAAUGCACCAAGUAGCGCUGAAAAAAUCCAACAUGAUCUACGAAGUGAUCGCGAAAUCCAACGAUUUCUACUAUUGUCCCGUAGAACGCGAAGUCCGCAGUCGAAUGAAUGUACCCUUCCGCAUCGGGGGUGCCGGUGGUAACGAUGCGUUGGAGAAAGAAUUUCUGAAGGGUGCAGAAGCUUUGGGAAUGCAACAACUGAAGGGUCAUCGCCUGGUAGGUGGCAUCCGCGCUUCACUCUACAAUGCCGUAACCGUCGAGGAGACAGAAGCACUCCGAAAGUUCAUGUUGGAAUUUCACACAAAGAAUUCGUAAUAAUUUACACUAGAGAUUCUAUUCAAUAAAUCUAAAAUCACACAACAUUUUCUUGAGCGAAAAUGCCAUCCAGAAUGGACUCCA